UGUUGCCUGCCUCCUCUGCUCCUCGCCGGGUCGUCACCUCUCCGCGUUCGCCCAGCCCCGACGUGUCGCCGUCUCAGAAGGCAGCAUCGACGCAUCCACGACCUGCUACGAGCUUUGAGGUCACCCUCGACAACCCACGGUCAGCUGCCACAUCCCCGCUCUACUACCAAUUCCUUGCUGCCGACGUUGCCUUUCUCGGUCGCCCCCUCGAUACGCCAGCGGCAGACAUCUUCUUUCACCAAGAGGACGAACACGAGGCUCGCUGGAUUUUAUCGGCGGCACAGGGCACCGCCGGUCCUGCCUUCCCGGACUCCAGGGUUUCCUUCGCUUGCGUCUUCAAUGAUUGGUAUCUGGGAACACUCCCCCCCCUUCGCCGUGCCGACCUUAUCCGCCUUUUGACCGCACUCAGGCGCGCAACUUUCAAGGAGGGCCAGCAGGGCUCUUCUCUCGUUACUGGGCCGGACCAGAUCCCGUUUGCCAGAUCAAUCGGGAAGGACUCACGCUUCAGGCAGCAAGUUUCUCCCCGGCUUAACGAGAAACAUUGCGGGAACCAAGCGGCGUCGACCAAAGCUUCGAGGAAGGACCGGUGGGGCACACAAGGUUCGGUCGUGUCUGAUGGUGAGAGCGCUCGCGGGGGUCGGGCGCGGCGUGACGAUGGUGGGAGAGCUCGCGGGGGUCGGGUGCAGGGUAACGAAGGUGGGAGAGCUCGCGGGGAUUGGCACUCGCGCCAACGCCGGAGCCGGAGCCGGAGCCCCCGGAACGGCCGUCGCGACCAUCGCCGGGAUGGCGGACAUGACAGGUCGUCGUCGUCUCGACUCACCAGCAGCCGGAGCCGGAGCCCGGGCCGGAACAGGAGCCCGGAACCACUCAGGGCGGGCGGUCGCGGUCGCAACAGGGGG